CGCACCAAUAUAGGUAAAACUACAUCGGUUUCUCAAGACAGAAACAAUGAAUACCAGCGAUUCUCGAUGUUUCUGCUGCAGACAAUGUUUGUCCUGUACGUACUUCACUUGCUUUGGCGAAUCGCUCGUACCUACUAGUAAUUCUCGGCGAUCGUGUGGAGGCCGCGGGUACUCGAUCAGCACCUGUUCCUGCCUCUGUAGCGAGGUAGUUACGUGUACCUGUAAAUGCAACGUCGGGAAGCCCCACGACGUCCUACAGAAGAUUGCCUCUAUCGCGGGCGGCGCUGUUCUUGUUGUUGGCGGUGCUACCCUGGCCGUGGGUUCGGGCGGGAUGGCAGCGUUCCCGAUUCUUGGCGGCAUGGUGGGAGGAGCUGGUCUAAGCUCGACCAUCCACGGUGUCGUCAAAGCCGGGAAGGGAGAGAAAAUAAGCGCAAGGGAGUACUUCGUGGACGUGGGUGUCGGCACUAUAACCGGUGCGAUUGGAGGCGGUGGUCCAAUUUUGACUGAGGCGAUAGCCCAGGAUUUGGGGAAAGAAGUGUGCAAGAAAGGAGGUACCAAGCUUGUCCAAGAAGCGUUCAAGAAAGGAGGUACCGAGCUUGUCGAAGAAGCGUUCAAGAAAGGAGGUACCGAGCUUGUCCAAGAAGCGUUCAAGAAAGGAGGUACCGAGCUUGUCCAAGAAGCGUUCAAGAAAGGAGGUACCGAGCUUGUCGAAGAAGCGUUCAAGAAAGGAGGUACCAAGCUUGUCGAGGAAACGUUCAAGAAAGGAGCUAACAAGCUUGUCGAAGAAGUGUUCAAGAAAUCAGGUACCAAGCUUGCCGUUCGUACGGUGGGAGGAAUAACGACAUCAUUGGCCAGCACCGCGGUAGUAGAGGCUGGAGACUAUUUCAAGGGCAAAAAGGACUGGGAUGACUGUGGAAACGACGGUGCAAUGUGGGCCAAAAGUGCAGCCAUGGGGGCAAUAGCAGGUAUUGGCUCUCAUGCCUGGUAUGAAGUAAAGGAUUCGGCAUACCUGCAAGACAUCUUGAAGAAGCAAGGCGGUCGAAAUGAUGGCCCUCGAAAUCCGGAUCCGUAUUUAAGCGACCAGAGCGAGAAAAUAUGUUCCAAACUGGUCAUACCGACGGCAAAGGGAGCGUACGGAAUACACAAAGGGCUAAGUGAGGCUGAUGAACAAUUUGAAAAUAAUUCCUUCGUUGUGAGUCAUUUUCAGACUCCCCAAUAUCCUCAUCACGCAGCAUGGAACAGCCAGUGCUUGUCUAACAUGCCACAGCACCCAGUACCCGAUCGCCGCCUGGCACCCGACCCGUACCUGGCACCCAACCACCGCCUGACACCCAACCACCGCCUGGCAUCCAACCACCACCUGGCACCAGACCCGUACCUGGCACAUAAGCACUACUCGGCACCCGACCCUUACCCGGCACCCAAUCACCGCCGGGCACCCGACCACUACCUGGCACCCAACCACUACCUAGCUCUCAACAACCGCCUGGCACCAGACCCUUACCUGGCACCCAACCACUACCCAGCAACAGACCCUUACCUGGCACCCAACCACUACCCAGCAACAGACCCUUACCUGGCACACGACCACUACCAUGUCUAG